AAUGAUGCCACAACGACUAUUGAAAAUAAGGAAUUUUAAUAAACCACCUGAUUCAAGAGAUCAGAGAGAAUCAGAUGCUGUUUCUAACAAAGAAAUACUGAAUCUGUCUAAAGAAGUGAUAAACCAAGAAACUUUAGUUAUUAAAAAUGACAUACUGUACGUCACUCAACCCAAUCCUGAAGAGUCAGUGGCUACACAAUAUAAUUGUACUGAUAUGCUGUCUGUUACUCAAUCCAAUGUUGAAGAGCCAAGGGCGAUAACUUCUUAUUGUACUGACAUACUGUCUGUCACUCAAUCCAAUGCUGAAGAGCCAUUGGCUACAAAUUCUAACAGUACUGACAACUUUGAAGAAUCAGCUGAAGUGACAAAUAAAGAAAAUUCCGAUAAAAAUAAUGUCACAAAACCCAAUGUUGAAGAACCAUUGGCAACAAAUUCUUACUAUCCUGACAACGUUGUAGAAUCAGCCGAAGAUAAAGAUGUUACUGACCGAGGCCGUACUGACUCCUCAUGCUCAUCCUCAUCAAGUUCAUCUACAUCUUCAAGUGAAUCUAAUGAAAACCAAGAUCCCAUAUUUCCUGGAGUUAACUCUGAUGACAGCGUUAAGGAUCCGGAUUUUUCUUCAUCUUCAGAUACUUCAUGUAGUGACUCGGAAUCUAAUGAUAAUAUACAUACUUCUCCUGUGACUUCACCAUCGUUACUUGAAGGGGUGCAAUUGCCAAAAAACACUCGUAAAAGACAAAGAAAUGAAAAAAUUGGUUACGUGUUAAGGCAAAAAGACUCAGAAAUUCUGGGAAAUCUUAUGUUACAAAAACCAACAAAGUGA